AAUCACUCGCUCUUAAUUCUAUCUCUGCUCUACUCUAGCUGCCUUUCUUCUUCCUCUUCUUCUUCUUCAUCUUCUUCUUCUUCUUUUUGAAUAUAAAUAUGAACACUACUUGGUGUGUUGAAACAGUGCAUGAGGGUCCCUUUCUCAAAUUUAUAAUUGUUUAGUAUUAGGGUUUUCUUUCUUUUGUAUUAUUUCUUUCUCAUUUUUGUUUGUUUGUUUGUUCCUUUCUUUGUCUCCAUGGUGUUUUGAAAUCCCAUGGCAUGUUUAGACAUGUACAACUCAGAGCAUCAAGGUCAAUACUGCCCUCCAAUUAGUCCGAGAAUCUCUUUCUCUAAUGAUUUUGCUGAUUCCCAACAAAUUAUCAAGCAAGAAAGGAGCUCAUCCUCAAGGUCAGAAGCUCCAGUUUCUACUGACUUUGAAUUCUCAGUGACUAACUAUUCGAUGAUGAGUGCUGAUGAGCUUUUCUUUAAGGGUAGGCUUCUUCCAUUUAAAGAUAAUGGCAAUAACAAUAAGAGUAACCAAAUGCAAAGGACUAUUAGAGAUGAGCUUCUUGUUGAUGACGAUGAUGGUUACCAUGGAGUCUCACAUAGACCACCUAAAGGUUCUUCAACAAGAUGGAAAGGUCUUCUUGGUCUUAAAAGAAGCCACAUUGGGUCCAAGAAAGUUGAUAAGAGCAGCUGUGAUGGUUCUUUUGGUUUUGAUCAAAAUAGAAGGCUUGGUUUUGCUCAUGAGGAAAUGGAUGUUGGCAAGAGUUCACAGGAGCUUUUAAGUGAAGGAGGAUCAAGUCAUAGAGAUGUGGAGAUUGGGAUAUAGAGAGAGGUGAAGCAAUUUUUUUUAGGAGAAAAAUGGUGAUGAAGUUUUCUUCUAAUUUUAAUGGAGGCUUAGCUUGGAAGAAUUUUAUUUAAUUAGAGAUCUUAAUUUUGUUUUAGUGGGUAUCUUUCAAACUUUGAUUGACCUUAAUUUCUGUUAUGUUUUUGGAGUUCUAUAAUCUCUUUUAUUAAUCCUAUUUGGAUCUCCCACAAGUAGUUGGUGCUAUUGGCUGUUUUCCCAUUGUACAAAUUAAAUGUUUGCAGUUGAUCAUGAAGAACUUAAGUUCUUGUAUCUUGUGGAAGCACUGAUUGUUAGAUCUGUA